CGGAGGAGGAGGAGAAACUGGAGCAGCAGAUGGAAGAUGGCCGAGCUAAUGCAGCGGUGGCGGUGGUGGAGGCUACAGCAGAAGCAGACCAAGCAGUUAUCUUGGAGAAUGGACAGGAAGAAGUAGAGGCUGAAUCCGUUUUAGGAACAGUUGAGGCAGCACUAUUGGAACGAACUGAGAUCCUCACCAAUGGGAGAGGAGAGGGGGAGGGGCAAGCUGCUACCCACAAUGCAUCAGAGGAGGGCGGACUGCACAACGGGACCAACGGUCCAGUGACAGUCGUCCCUGAAGAUGGUGCCAUUACCAUGACGUUCCUGGGGUUCACGGAGGCGGAGCAAGGCGAUGCUCCGGUAAUCGAGGAAGGAGGACUGAUCAUGAUGCGAGCGGAGCGAGUGAUUAUCAAUGACGAGGGAGACGAGCUGGCAAAUGAUCUUUCCUCUAUCGGUCAGGAACAGGAAGUAGACUCGGCCGCGUCCAAUCAGAGGUCAGAAUCUCCUGAGGAAGGAGGAAUUGAGAAGGCGAAACCAGAGACAACUCCUGAAGAGUCCUCAGAAGUAGCAAAAGAGACUGAGACAGAGGCAGACACAGUAACCGGAGGUUUAGGAGAAGGACAGAUGGACAUAGUAACUGGAGGUUUAGGAGAAGGACAGAUGGACACAGUAAUAGGAGAUUUAGGAGAAGGACAGAUGGACACAGUAACUGGAGAUUUAGGAGAAGGACAGAUGGACAUAGUAAUAGGAGAUUUAGGAGAAGGACAGAUGGACAUAGUAACUAGAGAUUUAGGAGAAGGACAGAUGGACACAGUAAUAGGAGAUUUAGGAGAAGGACAGAUGGACAUAGUAACUAGAGAUUUAGGAGAAGGACAGAUGGACACAGUAAUAGGAGAUUUAGGAGAAGGACAGAUGGAGGGUGUGGGAAACAGUGGUGGAGAAGAAGAGGCACAGCCAGUAGAGGAAGCUCCUUUGUCUGACUUGCAGGCCCCAGAUGGCAUUGUGGCUGCCGUUCCCGUCUACUCUGAGACCUUACUCACCCCCAGGCCCGACGCAGAGGGAGAGGCUGCAGGCGAGCCGGCAGAGGGCGAUGUGGAAGUGAAGACUGAAGUGGAAGUCGAGGGGGAAGAGGAGGCCUCGGUGGCCCCAGAAUCAGCCAUCCUCCCUGGGGGCCAGUUCCUGGAGGUGUCCCUAGUGGAGCCCCGGACUGAGCCAGAGCAGGAGCCCCUGCUGUUCCCAUCCAAGGCCCAGACCCUGGCCUUGGGGGAGCAGGCUCCAGCCGCCCCAGAGACACUGACCGCUACCAGGGGAGAGGCGGAGGGAGGGGUCGAUGUGGCUCCCAAACGCAAGACCUGCCAGUGCUGCUCUGUCAUGUGAUCAAUCAUUUAAUUCGCUCUCUAUCUCUACCAAAUUCUCCAAUGCUUUCUCUGUCUAAUACUACAAGAGGGACUUGAGUCUGCCUCUAACACUGUGAAUGAUGGGGGGGUGGUAAGAUGGUGUUAUUACUGAAGUGCCUUGUGGAUCUCCUUCCCUAAGGGUAUAGCUCAGUUACCCAUCCAGAGGAACCUGGGUUUUGUUCAGUAGGGCGAAAUGUUUUGAAAUGAAAAUUCAAAACCAUUGUUUUUCUUAUUGGACCAGGUCCAGGUAGGCCCUCCCUGUUCGAGUCGGUUUUGUUUUAUUUUAUUUUGAUGAACACAACCCUGAUGAACACAACCCUGAUGAACACAACCCUGAUGAACACAACACUGAUGAACACAACACUGAUGAACACAACCCUGAUGAACACAACCCUGAUGAACACAACCCUGAUGAACACAACCCUGAUGAACACAACACUGAUGAACACAACCCUGAUGAACUCAGUAUUUUUUUCUAAUGAACACAACCCUGUUAGCCUUGGCUGUGUUACUGUUGGCUGGUACUGAGAAUGAAAGACCAGUCUUGAUCCAUUAUGCUAUAUCUGUGUAUCCUUCCUACUAUUCACACAGAACCUGCUUUAAACUGAACUGUGCAGGCUGUGAUAAGAGUUCUGUUUGGGGGGGCGCUUAUGUGUGUUUUUAGUUAAUUAUUUUACAAGGGAAAUGCUUAUCGAAGGCCCUUAUCUUAUUUUGUCCAAUGCAAGGCCUGAGGAUUGAAUCAUGACCAGUACAGUAGGUAUGUGUCAGAAAGGCCUGUGGGUUGAAUCAUGACCAGUACAGUAGGUAUGUGUCAGAAAGGCCUGAGGGUUGAAUCAUGACCAGUACAGUAGGUAUGUGUCAGAAAGGCCUGUGGGUUGAAUCAUGACCAGUACAGUAGGUAUGUGUCAGAAAGGCCUGAGGGUUGAAUCAUGACCAGUACAGUAGGUAUGUGUCAGAAAGGCCUGAGUGUUGAAUCAUGACCAGUACAGUAGGUAUGUGUCAGAAAGGCCUGUGGGUUGAAUCAUGACCAGUACAGUAGGUAUGUGUCAGAAAGGCCUGUGGGUUGAAUCAUGACCAGUACAGUAGGUAUGUGUCAGAAAGGCCUGAGGGUUGAAUCAUGACCAGUACAGUAGGUAUGUGUCAGAAAGGCCUGAGGGUUGAAUCAUGACCAGUACAGUAGGUAUGUGUCAGAAAGGCCUGAGGGUUGAAUCAUGACCAGUACAGUAGGUAUGUGUCAGAAAGGCCUGUGGGUUGAAUCAUGACCAGUAUAGUAGGUAUGUGUCAGAAAGGCCUGAGGGUUGAAUCAUGACCAGUACAGUAGGUAUGUGUCAGAAAGGCCUGAGGGUUGAAUCAUGACCAGUACAGUAGGUAUGUGUCAGAAAGGCCUGAGGGUUGAAUCAUGACCAGUACAGUAGGUAUGUGUCAGAAAGGCCUGAGGGUUGAAUCAUGACCAGUACAGUAGGUAUGUGUCACAAAUGAAACCCUAGUCCUAACAAAGUGCUCUACUGUUGACCAGGGUCUAUGGUCUCUGGUUGAAAGUAGGUCACUGAGUGUACAAAACAUUAGGAACACCUGCUCUUUCCAUGACAGACUGACCAGGUGAAAGCUAUGAUCCCUUAUUGAUGCCACUUGUUAAAUUCACUUGCACAUGGAUUGUGUGCCAUUGAGGGUCAAUGGGCAAGCAACAUAUUGAAAUGCCUUUGAACAGGGUUUGGUAACAGGUGUCAGGCGCACCGGUUUCAGUGUUAAGAACUGCCACAGCUUUCUGUGUGGAUUAAGAAAGGAGCCCCACUCAAAGGACAGCCAACCAACUUGACACAACUGUGGGAAGCAUUGGAGUCAACAUGUUUUAAUCUUAUUUUGGUCCAUUAUCAAUUGUUAAAGGGAAAGUAUGUUUUUAUAUCUAAAUUCUAUGCAUUUUAUUUUCUCAGUGUAUUUUCCAUAGAAUAAAAACAGUGCUCUGACAUGUAUAUAGCCACCAUGAAAUCAAGUGGGAGUGGGGGUUUAUGUAUAUCUUUCUUUCAACGGGAUACUUUUGAACUAUUCAAUAAUGGUUUAGUGAUUAAACUGACACUUGUGAAAUAUUA